AUGGCCUCCGCCACACUACCGCGAUCAGCCCUUCGGGUACUCUCCCGGACGAGACCUUCUUUGAGCGCCGUCGCAACCAUUAGCAAGUCGCCUGCAGCAUCGAAGCCCCUGGCGAGAUGUCUACAUCAGUCUGCGACGAAGACAUGGUGGACAGCAUCGCAACGACCCUCGAUGUCAGCACUGCGCCAGACCUCCACACCUGCCACCCCCAACAGCCGGCGCACAAUCUUCAUCCAGACAGAGCCCACACCCAACGCUGAUGCCCUCAAAUUCAACCCCCACCACCGCGUCCUCCCCGAGAACAUCCCAACCCCCUACCUCGAGUAUCUCUCCCCACGCUCCACCCUCGCCCCGCCGUAUCCCUCCCCCCUCGCCGCCCAGCUCCUCGCCGUGGACGGCGUGACCGCCGUCUUCUUCGGCGCGGACUACAUCACCGUAACCAAGGACCCCGGCACGCCCUGGGCGCACGUAAAGCCCGAAGUCUUCAGCCUGAUCACCGAGUUUGUGACGAGCGGGCGGGAGAUCGUGACGGCGUCCGCGGCGGGGAGCAGCGAAGGGCAAGGCGAGGAAGCCGGGCAGGGCGGCGGGCAGCGCGACUCGCUUGAGUAUGACGAGAAUGAUAGCGAGGUUGUGAGCAUGAUCAAGGAGCUGCUGGAGACAAGAAUCAGGCCCGCGAUCCAGGAGGAUGGAGGGGAUAUUGAGUUUAGGGGCUUUCAUGAUGGGCAGGUCCUGUUGAAGUUGAGGGGGGCAUGUCGGACGUGCGAUAGUUCGACGGUUACGCUUAAGAAUGGGAUUGAGAGCAUGCUUAUGCACUAUAUUGAUGAGGUCCGCGGCGUGCAGCAGGUAUUGGAUCAGGAGGAGGAGGUUGCGCUGCGAGAGUUUGCGGCGUUCGAGGAGAAAUUGAGAAAGCAAGGAAAGGAAGUGCCGGCGACAACGGUGGGGAAGGGGAGUUUGGAUUUCGUGGAGUAA